AUGGCAACACAACACGCCAUCCUUGACAGCCACAUCCACCUCUGGCCUGCAUCAGCUGCAGAUGCAAAUGGCCACGCAUGGAUGAACGACCCUGAUUUUAUUCUCUCCAAACAGCAUAUCCUUUCCGACUACACGACCGCAUCAUCUUCUCACCCACCCACUGGUGUGAUUUACGUAGAGACGGACCGCCGACUGCAAGACCCGUCUUCAUCCUCUUUACAAACUUGGGCUGCAGAACCCAUCAAAGAACUGCAAUUCCUACGCAGCAUCGUUGAGGGUGCACAUGGUGCUGAAGCCUCAAACCUGCUUCAAGGAAUCGUGACGUGGGCACCUGUGAAUCAAGGAACGGCAGUGUUUAACCAAUGGCUAGAGGUAGCUGAAAAGACUACCGGACCAAAGACUUGGGACCGCGUUAAAGGCUUCCGAUUCUUGCUGCAAGCCAUCACCGAUAAGACUGAAUUUGAGAAUCUGGUCUUGAGUGAUGACUUUAUCUCCAUCUUGAAGUCAUUCUCUCAAAGAGAGAAAAGGUUUACCUUCGACGUAGGGAUUGACCAACGCAGCGGUGGCACUUGGCAGUUGGAGACCUUCACUAAAGUCCUGGAGAAACUGUACGACAACGUCCCAGAAGACAAGAGAACUGUGAUAGUCAUGAACCACAUGUGCAAACCAGAGUAUGCAUCCAAGUCUUCUGACUCCUUUUCGCGGUGGAAGAACUGCAUUCAAACCUUUGCUUCUUACCCUCGAGUCUACAUGAAACUUUCUGGCGCUUUUUCGGAACUCAGCAAUGAUGCUUCUCCGGUGGACACUACGGAUCCCAAGAAGUUAGCAACCAGGAUCCAAGCAUGGACGGACGUUGUCUUUGAUGCAUUCGGCCCACAAAGAGUCAUGUUCGGAAGCGAUUGGCCAGUGUGUAACGUGAAAGGACCCAAAGGGGAGGAAAGCUGGUCUGUCUGGAUAGAUGUUGCAGAAGAAGUGCUGAGCCGAAGAGGUUGUACAGAACAAGAAAAAGGACGAGUGUUCAACGAAACAGCAAGAGAGGCAUACGCACUGUGA